AUGGCGGCGAACCAAACAAAGACAGCUGCACUUGAUUUCACGACGUUCCACAAUGUCAUUGAUGGUCAAUUGACGGGUCCAGGUACAACCUAUCACACUGUCAAUCCAGCUAAUCUCGAAAAUAAUCUAGGGGUGCCUUCUAGCACACUUGGAGAUGUCAACAGCGCGGUGGAGGCUGCUCAACGAGCAGCCAAGUCAUGGGCUGAGGUUCCCUGGGACGACCGCAAGACCGCUCCCGGGGGCUUCAUAGCUGCGCUCGAGGAUCUCUCGGAUGACUUUGCGCAGAUGUUAAACAAAGAGCAGGGAAAGCCAGUCAGUAUUGCUGCCCAGAGACUGAACAGUGGUCCAGCGGUGCUGACAGGAAACGCAUUCAUCCUGAAACCGUCUCCCUUCACACCGUAUUGCGGACUCAAGAUGGCCGAGCUUGGCACUGGUUUCUUCCCGCCUGGUAUCUUCCAGGCCUUGAGUGGAGAGGAUGAGCUGGGGCACAUGCUCAGCACACACCCUGGUGUGGAGAUGGUUACGCUCACGGGCUCCGUCGAGACUGGCAAGAAAGUGAUGGCAGCAUGCAACGCGACCCUGAAGCGCGUCAUACUCGAGCUAGGCGGCAACGAUGCCGCCAUCGUUUGCACCCCCAAGAAUUCGGAUGUCAGAAGCACAGCGGUCUGGGUCCAGAAUGGGGUGUUGAAGGCUUGA